GUGGGUGGAACACGCCAUCGGGAGGCGGGGCGCGGACUGGACAAAGGAGGCGUGGCGUGGGGGCGGGAUCACGCGUCGCCUGUCGCCUGUCGCCUGUCACCGGGUAGAGGGCGCGGGCUGGGAUCCUCCAAGAGGGUGGGCUCCCCGCCUACCGGGUCCGCGGUGAGCCGCUGGGGGCGGGCCGAGUCCGCGUGCCUGGCAGCAGAAGAAAAAGAAGGGGAAAAAGAUCUCUGUCUCAGGCACAGUCGCAGGGGGGUCAUCAGAAUGUCCCUGGCUGCUUAUUGUGUCAUCUGUUGCAGAAGAAUAGGAACCUCCACUCCACCAAAAACCAGCACAUACUGGAGAGAUUUCAGAAAUAUAAUAAAGUUUACUGGAUCACUUAUUUUAGGAGGUUCUUUAUUUCUUACCUAUGAAGUCCUGGCCUUGAAGAAAUCUUUGACAUUAGAUACUCAAGUAGCAGAAAGAGAAAAAAUGAAGUCAUAUAUAUAUGUGCACAAAGUUUCUUCAGAUAAAAGAGAAAAUCAUGGACUCACCUACCAGGCAAGAAAAGAGCUUCACAAAGCAGUAAGAAAGGUGUUGGCAACAUCAGCCAAGAUAUUGAGGGGUCCCUUUGCUGAUACUUUCAGUACAGUUGAUGUGGAAGAUCAUGAAUGUGCCGUGUGGCUGCUCCUGAGGAAGAGUAAGUCGGAAGACAGGACAGCGCGCUUGCAGGCUGUGCAGGAAAUGUCAGAGGCCCAUCACUGGCUCGAUUACCAGUAUAGGAUAAUUGCUCAAGCCUGUGACCUGAGAACUCUCAUUGGUUUGGCACGAAGCAAAGAGAGUGAUCUUCGCUUUUUUCUCCCACCGCCUCCUUUGCCAUCUUUAAAAGAAGAUUCUUCCAUUGAAGAAGAGCUCAGACAGCUGCUGGCUUCUUUACCUCAAACGGAGCUAGAUGAGUGUAUCCAGUAUUUUACAUCUUUGGCUCUGAGCGAAAGCAGUCAAAGUCUAGCUGCUCAAAAGGGUGGCCUGUGGUGUUUUGGAGGAAAUGGACUUCCUUAUGCUGAGAGUUUUGGAGAAGUUCCUUCAGCUACAGUGGAAAUGUUCUGUUUAGAAGCUUUAGUAAAACAUUCUGAGAUACCCACACAUUGUGAUCAAAUUGAAGCAAAUGGAGGCUUACAACUACUUCAGAGGCUGUACCAACUUCACAAGGACUGUCCUAAAAUACAGAGAAAUAUAAUGCGUACCAUUGGAAAUAUGGCUUUGAAUGAACAUCUUCAUUCUACUAUAGUUCGCUCAGGCUGGGUUUCCAUUCUGGCAGAAGCAAUGAAGUCUCACCACAUUAUGAAGGCCUCACAUGCUGCCAGAACCCUGGCUAACCUAGACCGAGAGACAAUGCAAGAAAAAUACCAGGAUGGCGUGUACGUGCUGCACCCGCAGUACCGCACAAGUGAGCCCAUUAAAGCAGAUGUCCUUUUCAUUCACGGCCUUAUGGGAGCAGCGUUUAAGACGUGGCGCCAGCAGGACAGCGAGCGGAUUUUGCCCGAAAAGAUUUCAGAAGAUGAGGCCAGGUAUACAACAUGCUGGCCCAAGACGUGGUUAGCAAGAGAUUGUCCUGCUCUCCGAAUUAUAUCUGUGGAGUAUGACACCAGCCUUAGUGACUGGAGAGCAAGGUGCCCGGUGGAAAGAAAGUCCAUUGCAUUCAGGAGCAACGAACUUCUGAGGAAGCUCAGAGCUGCUGGUGUUGGAGAUAGGCCAAUGGUUUGGGUAUCACAUAGCAUGGGAGGUCUUCUUGUCAAAAAGAUGCUGUUGGAAGCCUCUAAGAAGCCAGAAAUGAAUACUGUUAUAAACAAUACCAGAGGAAUAGUGUUCUACAGUGUCCCUCAUCAUGGGUCCCGUCUGGCUGAAUACUCUGUUAAUAUUCGUUAUCUUCUCUUCCCCUCUUUGGAAGUCAAAGAACUCAGCAAGGAUUCCCCUGCACUUAAAACACUACAGGAUGACUUUCUGGAGUUUGCUAAAGACAAAAACUUCCAGGUGCUGAAUUUUGUAGAAACACUACCAACACACAUCGGUAGCAUGAUUAAACUCCAUGUGGUGCCCGUGGAAUCAGCAGAUUUAGGCAUUGGGGAUCUAAUUCCUGUGGAGGUUAACCAUCUGAACAUUUGUAAACCAAAGAAAAAGGAUGCUUUUUUGUACCAACGUACCUUACAAUUCAUCCGUGAAACUUUAGCCAAAGACCUUGAAAACUGACCGUUGUCUUCUGUUUUUCGUAUGUGAACACAGCGCGGGAACCUUGGUGUUUGCUGUCUCCCUGUGCGUGCUAAGCAAUCAUGCAAACAUAGUCACUGUGGCAUCUUGAGUAUAUUGCAGGCAAUAGAAUAUUUUGUCAAUUCAUGCUGUAAAGUACAAACACAGAGGUGGCAUCAGAGAAUGAAGGGCUAGACUGGAGUCUGGAUUUAAAGGAAAUGCCAUGUGUGCCGGUUUACAUUUUGCAGUGUUGUCUCUGGUGAUGGGGAGCAAGCUCCUCUAGAUGGAGACUGCUGUAUGUCACCUGUGGCUGUACCCAGCUGGUGCUAGGAGGAGCACUAAUGGCUUCCGCAAGGAGAGCGGUCAUCAACGUACCAUAAAAAUGCCAUUUGGGGAGCACCUCGGAUGGAGAGAAUGAACUAGUAUAAAAGGCUCUGCUUUCAUUCUGGGUUUCAUGUGCUGUAAGAUUUUGAAAACGUCAGUUGAAAUCUUUGUCUAAUAUGCUAAUUUUGCAAGACCUGUUGACAUCCAUGGACCAGUUCUUCUAAAUUUUUAUUUUCAUAUUGCUGAGAACAAAUAUUUCUCUUUUUAAAAAAAUUCUAGCCUAUGGUAAUUCUUUCCAGAUUGUAGCUACCUAUCCUUGUAAUUUUUUCCGGCUAAGAAUAAAGUAGCUAGUCCAUUACUGAUCAGAGUGUGAAGUAAACUAUUCUAAGCCAUUAUGUCUAUUAGCACUACUUAGUAUCAAGAUUCUCAGAUUCUCUUUAGCUAAGUAUACCUUUUUUUCUUGCUCAUUUGGAAAUGGUAUUAAUUGACCUCCAGAAUGUGAUAAAUCAGGAAAUCAUGUUGAUAAUGAGUCUUUUAAAAAAUAAUAGCAUUAUUGAGAUCUAAUUCCCAUAUCAUAAAAUUAGCCCUUUUAAAUAUACAGCUCAUUGAUUUUUAAUAUAUUUACAAAGUGGUGCAACCAUCACCACUAUCUGAUUUCCAAACAUUUCAUCAUCCUAAUAACCCCAUACCCAUUAGCAGUCACUCCUCACCCACCUCAACUCCCAGCCCCUUGCAAAUACUAAUUUCUGUCUCUCUGGAUUUGACUAUUAUAGACAUUUCAUAUAAAUGGGAUCAUAUGUGUGGCCUUCUGUGUCUGGCUUCUUUCUCUUAAUGUAAUAUUUUCAAGGUUCAUUCAUCAUGUAGCAUGUAUCAGUGCUUCCCUCCUUUCAUGGCCAAAUAAUAUUCCAUUGUAUGGAUGAACCAUGUUUGUUUAUAAAUCUAUCAGUUGAUAGGAUAUUUAGGUGCUUUCCAUUUUUUUGGCUGUUCUGAAUCAUGCAGCUCAACACAUUCAUGUACAGGUUUUUGUGUACAUAUGCAUGUAUUUUCCAUUCUCCUGGGUACACACUAGGAGUGGAACUGCUGGGUCAUGUUAAGCUUAUGUUCACUAUUUUGAAGGUGGUAAACAUGUAGGAUGGGAUAUUCAAAGCUAAAACCGGAAUACGGCAUCUGAAGGUAAACUGGGAUCACCAGUUAACCCUGUUCACAUCUCAUUGUUAAAUUACGCAACAACCUAAUAUAGGACUUAACCACUUGUUUUAUGUAGAUACAGUGAAUGUGAUGGUUAGCCAACAACAGUAAAUUAGCUAACAAUAAAAGCCAGCUAAUGGGGUGACAUAGGGAGAAGGGGUAGAUAUGUUUGAUUCACUUUCUUUUUGUUAUUUUUAUGAACCAUAGCAAAUCAUGGUUGAAACAACUGUUCAUUAACUUAGAGUAAUGGAAUGAAACUUCAUUCCUUAAAAUCUCAAUAUAGGCAUUAUAGCUGUGUUUUAAAAAUAAGGUCUGGGAGAGAGAUCCAAUGUAUUAUUAAAUUAGUGUCGUUUUUCAGGCAAAUCACUUAACAUUUCUUUUUAUUCUAUGAAAUGGAUAUGAUGUACACAGAUUCACACCAUCUGUGAAUGUUUUGUGAAAUUUAAGUCAAUAAUGUUUUUAAAAUCAUCACCACCUGAAAAACAGUUUAAGAACACAAACUAUGAGAAGAUAUGUAUUUGAAAUAGUUUUAAAUUUAGAUCAUCAAUAAAAUGGUUCUCCUGGUUCAA